CUACUCCUCUGUACACUUGUUUCUCGCUGUAAAAACAAACUUCGUUAUUUCUAGAAUUCCCAUCUAAGCACAUUGCAAAAAUUCUUCAUUAAAGCCAGUCGCUGCCAUUCCCACUCCUCUUAGAAACUACCCAACGUAUAUUACAUUGUUUCAAUCGUCCAUCAAUAUGCGUGCUAUCCAGGUCAAAGAGUAUGUCAAGGGGCCUUUGGAUCUACAAGUCACCACACUUCCUACCCUAUCCCCAUCCCCCAGUGAUUACCUGAUUCAGAUUCACUCGGCGGGUACCAACUUCUUCGAUCUCCUUCAGAUACAAGGCAAAUAUCAACACCAGCCUCCACUCCCGUGGAUCGGAGGUGCUGAGUUUGCCGGAACUGUCCUAGCCGUGCCAACGUCCAAAUCAGCCUCACAAGCGCGUUUUAAAGUCGGCGAUCGUGUCUUCGGCGCCACUCAGGGUGCCUACGCUACCCAUAUCCUCGCUCCUGAGCAUACUUUACUCCCUGUCCCGAAUGGGUGGAGUUUUGAGGACGCAGCUGGACUCUUCGUUACCGCACCUACCUCGUACGGCGGUUUAGUGCACCGAGCAAACGUGCAGCCGGGAGACUGGGUCCUCGUCCAUGCGGCUGCCGGUGGUGUCGGAUUAGCUGCCGUGCAGAUCGCGAAGGGUAAGGGCGCGACGGUAAUAGCGACGGCUGGCACAGAACGCAAAAGGCAGAUUGCACGAGAGUUCGGGGCUGACCAUGUCAUCGACUACCGAAAUACGGGCUGGCCUGAAGAAGUGAAGAAGCUGUGUGCGCAACAUCGAACUGGCAAUGGGAAGGCAGGAGUGGACAUUGUGUAUGAUCCUGUGGGUAUGAUCGAUGCCAGUUUGAAAUGUGUCGCGUGGAAUGCACGCCUAUUAGUUAUUGGGUUCGCAGCGGGCAAGAUCGAGAAGGUCGCGCUGAAUCGGGUGCUUCUGAAAAAUGUGAGCAUUGUCGGGCUGCAUUGGGGGCAGUAUGCCAAGUUUGAGAAGGACACCGUGGGUACUGUUUGGAAUGGGAUCUUUGACCUUGUGGCUCAAGGCAAAUUCAAGGGGACAGCUUUUAAGGAUGAAAGUUUUGUGGGGUUAGAGAGUGUACCCAGGGCAUUGCAGGCGCUUGGAGGAAGGGAAACAUGGGGCAAAGUGGUUGUUAAGGUCAUUGAUGAAGCAAGGAGUAAGUUGUAAGGAUGAAUAGCUAUUACUACGUGCGUUUAGUAUAAAAUUUUUUUUGAUGUUAAGCAAUUUAUGUACAUCUAGAUUAUUAUUAUUCCUAAACGUAUGGUGUACGGCUCAAGGAGUCAUGCUCUCGUAGGAAAUAAAACGCGAGCAACAUGAACUAUGAAGGCCCUGUAUUUUCCUCUAGCAACUGAAAAUAUUCAACAGGAAUUCCAGAUGGAUCCCUACAACCCAGCUCCAGUCAGAAGCACAGCCACAAGACAUGGCAUGUGAAGACCGUCCUUCAAUGAAGGGCCCGUGAUGAGUCUAGCGAUCCACUUGUCCAGAUGGAUUCAUAGACCGCAUAGACUUGAGACAGCCGGAUUGUGUAGUUGCGAUAUACUCCGUAUGGUACGACAAUGUUAGUAAAGUGAUGAUGGGAGAGCGUCUUGUGGGUUUUGCAUUAACACUGGCUUGCGGCGAGUUUCGUCUGAUAGGCUGAACAAACCGGGGACCUUGAGUUUGCAGGCUUGAAACUUAUUGGCUGCCUUCCAGAUCAACAUUAAAGCUGGACAUCAGAUUGCAUGGGAAUGGUGUUGUG